AUGACGAGCAGCCCCUUCGAUAUGUUUGGUAAUACUAGCCUGGACGUACUUGAUGAUCCGUUUGAGGUGAUUGAAGAGUCAGAAUCGGAUAAAUAUUAUCGUAUUAUGAGACAAACUUCGACGUUCCGAAACAUCAUGGACAUCAUAAAAUUCUUCCUGUGCAUAGGAGUUAUCAUCAUUGACAUAUAUUUGAUAAUAAUCAUUUGUAGAAACAAAAAACUGAAAGAAACUAAAACCAAUAAAUACGUGAUGCAUUACGCGAUAUUCAAUAUAUUACAAUUUAUUAGUUUACCGUUUUUUGAAAUCAGUGUAGAAAUUUUUGGUCUUUGGAGGUUCUUCUCUUGGCAUUUUUAUUGUUUAGGUAGACAAAUAGAAGAUGUAUACAUAGUGGGUAUGUUCCUUUGUUGCUUAGCGCUUACUUCAGAAUGGAUAAUAACAGUGUAUUACAAUUCAAUUGUUAAGCAGUUUAUUCUUAAAAUAUUGGACUACUCUAUUUUAAUUAUAUAUGGUAUUUGUUCUCUAUUUCUGCUUUUAAACGUAAUCAUAUGUUAUAAUUUGAAUUAUGUAAUAACCAUUUUACUAGAUGGUAUAUUAUAUUUUUGUCUUGUUAUCUUCGUUUUGGUUUGUAAUUGUUUGAAAAGUAAGGUUAAGAAUCCGUCCAACAAAAAAAUGUAUUCGCUUACCAUUGCGACCGUUAUGAUAUUGACUUGGUUACCACUGUAUAUUUAUCAUUUUUGUGAAGGGUGGUUUUAUAGAGCAUAUACCUUCAGAUUAUUUAUAAUAUUGACAUUUUUUAUACCAGAAUAUUUAGCGUAUGGAAGUCCCAUAAUCGUUAUUGUACUAUUAGCAAAACUAAAUAAAUAUUAUAAAGUAGCUUUUACGAAAUCAUGUAACAAAUCUGUUCAAGAAUAUACCGGCGAUGAUGAAUAUUUCGACGAAUCUGAAGAUGAAGUGAACGAAAACGUUAAUUCUUUAGCUAGCGAUGCGACACUUUUAUAA